AUGGACCGAGGCAGAAGAAGAGGUCGUAUUGUUACCACCGCCACAACACCAUCGCAUUCUCGCCCGCACCCAAUGCCGAAUAAGACACCGGAUUCGGCCGGAAGGAUGCCUCUGAACAGAACAGGGACCUGGACUCCGUCGAUGGGAUCCUCGAGAAGAACGGUGAGGGGAGAAACGGCGGACCAGUUGAUGGACACGAUUGCAGGCUGUCCUGGCGCCCGGCUCACGACGGACUGUGGGUUUCGGGCCGGGGGAGAGGAGAUGGGCGGUGUCCAGCACCCCGCGGCCCGGCGUCACUGGCGAACAGCCUUCGGAUAG